UUCAUGAAACUCGCGAGACACAUAAAGCGUCAAUUCACCACCUCUUCAACGAACCCGAAAUUAGAGCGAAUAAGCAAGAAAAUAGUCUCCAUCAACUCCGUUAAAGAGCUUCACGCACAGCUCAUCAGAACCCGACUCCACAAAGACCCAUUUUCUGUAUCUCAUGUUAUCAAAUCAUACGCUUUAUCAGAAUCUCCCUCUUAUUUACACAAAGCACAUUUAGUUUUCAAUCAACUUGAACGACCCACAUUGUUGGUUUUUAAUCAUAUGAUCCGUGGUUUCUCUCAAAGUGACCAGCCGAAUAAAGCAAUAGAUAUGUACAAUAAUAUGUAUCACCAAGGUUUGGCUGGUGAUAAUUUGACCUUUAUAUUUGUAUUCAAGGCUUGCGCUCGUGUUAAGGAUGUUUUUCAUGGUCAGAAGUUCCAUGCCCAUGCUACGAAACUUGGGGUUGAAUCCUAUCUCUUUGUUUCGAAUGCUUUGAUUCACACGUAUGCAUUAUGUGCUGAUUUAGGUUUUGCACAUAAACUGUUCGAUCAGAUGUGUAACAGAGAUUUGGUUUCGUGGAAUUCUUUAAUUUGUGGUUAUAGUCAGUGCAAUAAGUUUGAAGAGGUAUUGGGUUUAUUUAAUUCAAUGCAAGAAGCUAAUAUAAAGGCUGAUGCAGUGACAAUGGUGAAAGUAAUUUUAGCUUGUAUUUAUUUAGGCAGCUGGUGUACUGCAGAUUCUAUGGUUAAGUAUAUUGAGGAAAACAAUAUAGAGAUUGAUGUUUACUUGGGAAAUACUUUGAUAGAUAUGUACGGACGGCGUGGUCUGGUGGAUUUGGCUCGGGAGACUUUUAAUCAAAUGCGUUAUAAAAAUGUAGUUUCUUGGAAUGCUGUGAUCAAGGGUUAUGUGAAAGUAAUGCGUUUAGUUGAAGCGCAGAAACUUUUUGAUAUGAUGCCUAGAAGGGAUGUGAUAUCUUGGACUUCUAUGAUCACAGGAUACUCUCAAGCUAACCAAUUUGCUGAGGCAAUUAAGCUUUUCAGGGAAAUGAUGUUCGCCAAGGUGAAGCCUGAUGAAAUCACAGUGGCAAGCGUUCUUUCUGCUUGUGCUCAUUUGGGCUCACUGGAUGUGGGAGAGGCAAUUCAUGAAUAUAUACAAAGGCAUGGUAUAAAAUCAGAUAUAUAUGUGGGGAAUUCACUUAUUGAUAUGUAUUGCAAAUGCGGGGUGGUUGAGAAGGCAUUAGUGGUGUUCCAUGAAAUGAAAAAGAAGGAUUCUGUUUCAUGGACUUCAGUUAUCUCAGGCCUUGCUGUGAAUGGUUUUGCUGAUUAUGCAAUUGAGCUUUUCACACAAAUGUUGAGAGAAGGUGUGCGGCCAACUCAUGGAACUUUUGUUGGGAUUUUGCUAGCUUGCUCUCAUGCUGGAAUGGUCGAUGAGGGAUUGAAAUUUUUUGGAAGUAUGAAAACUGUUUAUGGACUAACACCAGAAAUGAAACACUAUGGGUGUGUUGUGGACCUUUUGAGCCGCUCUGGCAAUCUAGAGAGAGCUUAUGAGUUUAUGAAGGCAAUGCCAAUAGAUCCAGAUGUUGUAGUAUGGAGAAUAUUGCUGAGUGCUUGUAAGCUUCACGGAAAUUUGGUCCUUGCUGAGAUUGCUACAAACAAGCUUCUUGAAUUGGAUCCUUCCAACAGUGGGAAUUAUAUUCUCUUGUCAAAUACUUAUGCAGGUUCAGAUAGAUGGGAUGAUGCUCAAAACAUUAGAGAGUUGAUGAAGGAGAUUGAUGUGCUGAAGCCAUCUGGUUGGAGUUCCAUUGAAGUAAAUGGCAUCACAACAUAAUAUUAAGGAACUGUGUCUAUCUAAACUGAAGAGGAGUUGUUCGACAACUGUAACUGAUAAUUUAGUGAAUGGGCAACAGUCCUGAAAAUACUGAAAUGAGCUUUACCUUCACAUCAACCGGAUAGGUAUUGGCCCAUGGAUGAUUUGUUUAUGGUUUUGUUCCAAAAGUUCAGGAAG